AUGUCCACGAGAGUGAAAAACUGUACCAUUAUCUGCAGUGCCAUCCUACAGCUCUUCCUACCGGCCUCUGCCAUGGAGGGUGCUGGUGGCCUAGUGGUUAUAUCUAACUGUCUCUACGAAGGAUGCCGAAAGAAAUGCCACGUGUUGCCAGACACUUUGGUUAGACAAUACCGCUUCCCAUUGGAAGGAGAGUGUGGCCCUUACUUUGAUGGACAAUCUUGGAAACACUGUCACAAUAUCCGCCGCAAGAUUUACUUCCGAUGUGGUACUUGUGCAAGACUUCAUUACACAAACUGGACGAUGGUGAGAGUAGUCACAGGAGAAGACUGCUGGAUUAAGCCUCACCUCACCUUGGACAAAGUGCCCAUCAAACCUCCAGAACUCGAUCUCAUCGCUCAUUUCAGUGGUCAAGGCUCUUCCUCAGCAGGCCCAUCAACCUAA